AUGAACGGCACUUAUUACGAUACAAAAGAUAACAACUCGAAUGACAACGUGAAUGACGAUUUUUUGAACUACCCGAAUUUUAAAAAAUUCAUUGACAGUAAUAAUAAUAAUAGUGAACAUGAAAAUUUCGAGGAGUCCAGAAAGUACAUACACAGGGAGAUAACGAAAACGCUUAAUGCGAAUUCGGUGAAGGCAUGCAGAAAUGUGGAUGAGCGGAAUUUGGCAGGAAAUACGUCUAAUGAAUUUUGCUUAAGAAGUAUGGAAAAUAAGAGUAACAAGAAGGACUUUUCGUAUAGUGGUAAAAAUGACUCGGAAAUCAAGGGAAGUAGGAGCCUAAAGAACUUUGGGCAUUUCAGUAAUAGUAGUACUAGCGCUAGGAGGAGCAACGAGGGGAGUACCUUUAGCGGCCAAACAGGGCAGAGCAGUUUUUGUCACCCAAACAGCUCCAGCGGAAUGAACAAUUUGGGCAAUGCAAGCAAUCUAGGAAGCAUGAACAGUCACCAUGCAGGAAAUGUAAAAGGAAAUUUCGACACAGGAUCCCCUCGAUCAUCGCAAUUUUUUCAUAUAACCUCUUCGAACGAGUUAAGUGACAGGAACAACCAUCAUUACCGUCCUAUUAGCUAUUUGAAGGAAGGAGAAAUGAACAAUGAGAAUAUGGAUCGAAUAAACGAAGCAUUAUUAUUAAAAGAGAAGAAAAAUUUAUUAAAGCAUGAAUUUUUUUUCUCGCAACCAAGAUGUAACACCCCUCUCGAACAGGGAGAUAACAGAACCGCUCUAAAUUUAGAUAAUUCUAUGUGUGAAAAUGGGCAUAAGUUAGGUUAUGCGAGAAGUAGCAGUAUGAAUAACCAUGCGUGCGAUUUAGUAAGGAGCAAUGGAAUCAUGGAGGACGCUAAAUUUAAUACUUUCACCUCCAACGAAUUUGGCACCAUGAGAAGGGAACCUCCCGGUUUGGUUCCUAUCAAGGAGGAGGAUAUAAGAAAGAAGAAAACAAAGAAAAAGGAAAGGGACAGAGAAAAAAUGAAGGACAGCGAAAAGUCGGAAGAUGACGAUGCAAAAGCAAGCGAAAAAAAGAAGGCAAAAAAUGGGGAGCCUGAAAAGAUAAGAAAAAAGGAACAUCAAAACAUUGCACAUUUUAUUAAGCAGCAAAUUUUGGAAAAUGCGAAAAUGGAAAUGGGUACGUUUGGCGAUCAUUUCAAGGGUAGUGAAAUUUUCCCCAACUCACAUGUCAACGGUGUUGGGGUUCCCCUUGACAGUAACAACGCCAAAAUGAACAUGAGCAAUAUAGUUGGCGGCAUGCACAAUGGCAACCACCCGCACAGAUACGAAGUAAAAAACCACAUGCUGGGUUUCCAAGGAAGAAUGAGCGAAAAAAAGGACGUGAAUAACUUUGUCGGAUUGGAGAGCGAUCCAAACAAGUUCAAAAAGUACAAUCACCUGAAAGACAACUUUCACCUAAAUAACAACCAGAGGCAAUUCUACCCAAAAGUGGACCACAGAAAAAAUAACUCAGAACUUUUCCUAACCACCGAUGUUAAUGAGAAGGUGUAUGCAAAUAAUAUAAUGUAUGAUGAUUAUUUUACCAUUGAAAAUAUGGAAACGUGUGAAGAAAAAAAAGAGUUUUUUAAGAAUCAGGGAUAUAGCAAUAAAAUGAACAAAGAAAGCUCCUUAUCAUUUCGCAUGCAUCCAAAUUUUGAUAGGAAGGAAUUAAUAACACACAAAAAAAAAAAUUUUCAUUUUGCUGGAAAUAGAGAUUUAAGUACCAGCACGAACCAUGUGAAGAGCGACUAUUACAAUGAAAGUAGUAUGAACGAGUUUUCCGUCGAUGAGUUUUCUAGUCAGUAUAUUUUUUCCCCGAAGGACUAUCUGGGUAACAACUUGAAUGGCGAAGUUAUAGGCAUGGAUGGGCAUAUGGAGAAAAUGGAAUACGCUUCUUCCCUUUUAGGGGGAAGGGUAGGAGACCAAUAUUCUGCACACGGCUCGAGGUUACCAAACGGUGUCAUUGUUGCACCGUCCCUAAUGUACGACAAUUGCAAUGAGCAUGCGGGUCGCCAUAAAAACAGGAGUGCCGUUACGCAUGCGGAUUUUGCAAGUACUUCAUUGAACGGAAAUGUGCGAAGCUCCACGGUGCAUACCGAUAACAACGGGCAGGAGGGAGAAAAACAAACAAUGAGUAACUUGGUGAAUGCAUUUACGCUGAAAAGAGAUGAAAAUUAUUAUCAAAAUAGGAGGGAGAUGAUGCACCUAAAUGAGAUGAGCAAAACGAACAGCGUUAGCAUCACAGAUGUGGGAAGCGUUGUUUUUAACUCGAACAACUGUAGCGUAAGUAAUGGGGACGGCAGGAGCAUGAACAAUAACAGUUAUGUCAGUAGUAGCAUUUUCCCUGGUGAAGCCGCCCAGGGUUCUAAUUCAAGCAUGUUCAGAACGUACGAUAUGGUUUCUCCAAAGGGUGGCAUCCCUAACGGUAGCAAUUACCAGCAGAGUGAGAAUAACGGGAUCGAAAAUGGGAUUGAUAACCGAAUCGAUAAUGGAAUGGAAAACGAGAAUGAAGAGUCUGUGAUAAAAUUAUUCUUCGGAAACCUGGCCCCGAUCACCACGGAAAAGGAUAUGCAUAACCUCUUCAGCAAUUUUGGCAAAUGCGACUCUUUGAUCAUAUUAAAAGAUAGGAGGAGCAAAUCCAGGGGUUCAGGAUUCGUCACCUUUUACAAUAUGCAGGAAGCAGUGAACGCUAUCAAAAGUUUAAAUAAUAAAAUAAUUCUGUCCGGGGCUCACAAACCACUGGAAGUUCGAUUCCCUGAGAAUAAGGAAGAGAAAAAAGUGAGGACGAAACUGUUAAAUGCGGCAAAAUGGAAAGGGAAGAAAAUUGCCCCCAGUGGAUGUUUGCCUAUAAGUACAGAAGAUAUAUUAAAUCAGAACAGUUUACAUAUGAAUAAUGGCCCAGGGGGGAAUCAACACGUGCCUUUUCUAAACCAGAUGGAGACACGCUCGUACUUUUUAACAGAAAAUGAGGGCGCUUUGUAUGACAUUAAGGAAAGCGUCAUGUUUGGUUCCACGGGUGAGGGUAUGCUGGAGCGCGCGAAGGAGAACCAUUAUGCCUGUUCGGAAGACUUUUCCGAAGUGAGAAAAGCAGCUAGCGAAACAACCAACGAUACGGUUAUCACGGACUAUGUGAAUAGAGUAGAAGAAGGCAGCAACAUUUGCAGUAGUAGCCAACACAAUUCGUACAAAAGGGGGCAGGAUAAUCUACCCGAUAAUAUGAACAAUAUGAGUUUGUCCAAGCAGAGGAAAGAGUACAGUAAGUUUUUGCCCAAAUUUUUAUUGGAUAAUAACUCCCAUGGGAAUUUAGCCUCCAAUUCCUUUCAAUCGCUUGAUGAAGCUUUUGGUAGCAUCCGAAAAUUUUACUUUGAUGCGGAUAUGGAGGAGGUAAGCGUGGGUUCGAAUGGAUUUGCGGGAGCGUUAGAGGUGAAUGGAGGGUUGGAUCGCAAGGUUGUUCACGAAAUAGUGCAUGAGAAGAUGCCUGCCCUGAGGAGUGAAUCGAGCACCGUGGGGGAGGACACCGUGUAUCGUCAUGAUAGCAUCGAUUCUGUGAGGAGUUUCCGCAAGGGGGACAUCCAAAAUGGGAAUGUUACGAAGGCGAGUAAUUUCAGCGCAAACGGCUUCCCCUCAGGCAAUUUUCCUCCUAACAGUUUUAACUCUAGUGGGCAAGUCAUGGACGAGGGGGACGAGGCCCAUUCGUACUUCUCCAGCUUUUGCCACGGUUUCCCCCUGCAGAGUAAGAUAAUGGACGAACCAAACAACACGUUUUUCUCCUACCUGAAUAAGGAAAAAAGUUUGGAGAGUCAUAACAUGGGAGAGGAAGAAGUCUACCAGCACAAGAUCGACUUCUGUAAGAAGGGAGGACAAUUCCCUGGAAUGAACGAGUUGGACGAAAUAAACCACUUUCGGCAGUUGACUGAAUUGGAAGAGGUGAGUGAAGCAUAUGAACGAGGAAAGAGCGAAAAUGACAUGCGUAAUCUGUUGUUGCGGGGAGUGGAAGAAAUGGCAGAGGUAGGAAAGGAGGAGAAUCUGCUAAGUGACAUUUAUGAAGGGAACAAAGACAUGAACUCUCCCCCCACGGAUGAUGAUGGGUACAGUAACAUGAACGUACAUUAUCUGGGGUUCGAUUUGUCCCGCCUGAUACAGAUAAAUGAAGACAUACUGUUGCCCCAGGGGGAGGAUAUGAAGAAAAACGACAGUAACAGCAAUAGCAACAAUAGCAACAGCAAUUUCAAUGUGGAUUCCACAAGCCACGAAGUGGUGGAAGUCAGCCAUCUAAAUAGGAAGGAAAUAAUGGCAAGUGAUUUUUACCAACACGGGAGGAGCAGUAGUAAUGAUGGUAGCGACAAGUGCAAACUGAACGUUGGGCAUGAGCUUGGAACCAUGGAUCUACUAAAUGCUGACCUGUUUGGUAAUAAAAAAUUUGACCUAAAUGAUAACUUAAGCGAUGAAAUGUUAGGAAAUUUAAUAAGCCUUUAUGCGCAAAAUAAAUCCUCCAUGAUUACUUCUCACAUGUUUAGUUACUUGAACAAUGUCCUGGGUGAGAUAAAUAGCGCCCUGGAGAUUUUUAACAAGUUCAGUGUAAAGACGUCGGUGAAGAAUGUAUCAGAGGAGGAGGAAGAGGACAGUCCUCCUGAGUGA